AUGCAAUCCACCGACGUCUACCACACCACGCUGCGCACCACCUCGCUCCUGGGGGUCGCAGGCGAGAACGCCAAGGUCAAGAGGCGGACGCUCAACAUCAACGACGCGGUCGGCGAGGAGAAGGUCCCAGGCUUUGAGUUCAAGAAGCGCUUGCCAGGCAUUUUGGGGCUCAUUCGAGAGCAAAAGCCCGACCUGCUGUUCCUGGUCGAAGCCACCCAAGCCGAACACAUAAAUCUAUUGGGCUUUGAGUUGAGCAGCAUGGGCUUCAGGGUCGUGUUUGGCGAGGGGAACGCUUCUCCUGGCUGCACGGCCAACGUGAUCGGCUUCAACUCGACGCGCUUCCACCUCACGCACACCGAGAACAUUCAACUCCUGUCGGACGAUCCGCAAGUGCCCGGAGACCAGUCGAUGCCCAACGGCUGGGGCGCUAACCUCUUCGUCGCUCGCGUGCUCCUCUGCCACAACAGCAAAGUCGCAGUUCCGAAAAGGGAGCUCUUGCUCGGCGUUACGCACUUUCCCAUCCACGCUGCGUCCGGCGCCGCUUGUACCGAGGCCCUGCGGCUCUGGCUCCAGAUUCACGACAAACAGCGCUACAUCGUAUCGGGCGAUCUCAACACCUUCCACGACAAGGGCGGACCCGACCAGAUCGCCAAGUUGCGCGCCGUCGCCACUGUCGAGGGCGAAUCCAGCAUCUGCCACGCCACUGGUCGCAAGGUUCUCAGUACCUACUUUGGCUUCCCCCACGACAAGUUCAAGUUCGACAUCGACAAGUUCCUUGAUCCGCUCGACUAUGUGAUCAUCAACCCUGUCUUUGGAAUGUUUGACGGCCCUCUCUUCACCGACACACGCUUCAUCCCGUCCACGUCCCAUAACGACGACGACAUCGAGAACGCAUCAGCAGAGGCACCGCUUCUGCGCUACACCAGCGAUCACUUGCCGUUGUUCGCCAACCUGGAAGUGUUUUUGUGA